GGAGAUGUAACCUGUCUGCUCUCUAGCCUAAUGGACAGUAUAGUUGUGUUGCACUAUAUACUGUUAAGUGUUGUACUGUCUUACCAGUUCAUCAGACUGGUAAGACAGUGGUCACCCUAAUACUUUCCAAGUAUCUGCAGCAGCAGUAGUAGUUUCUCAUUCAUCAAGUUAAGUGCUACUCUCGCUAAUCUUGCGGCAACAAACCAUGCUGCGCUUCGUUUGUCAGCAGCUGUCAAAAGAUUCUUGCCUUCCUUCAGGCUGGUUUAUUGUUUUCUCUCUCCAAUCCAGCUGAAUAAUACUUCAAAAUACAUUCUUUCUGUGCAAUCAUAAGCAAUCAGUUUCAUAAAAGGCCAUUUUGACUGUAAUAAGAACCUGAAACAUAUCAGCAGACAGGGACAGGGUAACAGUGCCCAUCCUCAACUAAGUGAAUAAGAAGACGUUGUAGUUAAUGACUGUGACAUAUGACCGGAAGAGGAGCGAGGUAGUUUUUGAGCUGCCGGCUUGUUCGAGAAGAAACCAUGUGACCUCAGGUUCUCCUUCCUUGUAAAGUGUAAAGAUGCCUCGUCUAGAGGAGGUCGCCAAUGUUGCUCUGAGGGUUCCCAGCAUCCUCCUCUUGGAUCUCCUCUACAAGUGUGACAUCGAAGGUCUAACUGAGCACCUGAAGGCCAAAAACGAAGACAUGCUCUUCAAGUACAAAUAUGUCAUCUGGAACAUUUACUACCUUGGUCAUGUGAUUAACGCAGUGGUGCUGGUUUUGCCACUCCGACACAUUGUGACCCUCUACCUUCAUAUACUCACCACACUCCUCCUGUACAUGGGACACCAGAUUUCCAAGGAUUAUAUCCAUGAGGAGCUGCUGCACAGCUACAGAGGACCUGUUUACCGGGACUCUCUGGCCUUCAACAGAUUUGUCUCUGCAGUAACAAGUCAAAUCAUCCUCAGCACCUUGUGUGCCUUCCUGAUGAAGACCAGGAAGGUUUGGCUCUUCUCCACUCACAUGCUCCCUCUGCUGGUCCGACUUUAUGGUGUGCCUCCUUCAACUCUGCUGACCGUAAACAUGUUCUCCAUGGGGCUGACCACAGCUGGCAUCUCUGUGUUUCUCCUGUCCAACCUCUUUGUGCCGUAUCGUCUGGCCAGAGCUGUGUACUCAGAACUGUGCCAGCUGGAGGUCAUGGAGCUCUACCGACUUCUUGAAGUUGGAAUUUCUCUGUGGAACCAGUUUGCGGUCCCGGUGCUCUUCAGCGUCUUCUGGUUCGUUCUCUUCGCUGUUCAUGUGGUUACUGACGUGAUAUCUGCCGGCGCUUCCAUGGCUCCUCAGGGAGUGCUGUUCUGUCUGCUAACAAGCGUCUCUGAAUGUUGCGCUACACCCUACUCCCUCCUGGGCUUGACCUUUGUGGUAUCCUACCUCGCUCUGGGGCUGCUCAACCUCUGCAAGUUCUACCUGGGAGGCUAUGCAGCCGUUCAAAACGAGAAUGUGAUGCACCGAGGUGUGACGGAGGGUGUGACUCUGUUACUCCUCGCCCUCCAAACUGGUCUGAUGGAUAUGCAAGCCCUGCAGCGCACCUUCCUCCUCAGCAUCAUCCUCUUCAUCGUGAUGACUUCCACGCUGCAGUCCAUGAUUGAAAUCACUGACCCGGUCAUCCUGGCCCUCGGAGCGUCUCGCAACAGAAGUUGCUGGAAACACUUCCGAGGCCUCAGCAUGUGUCUCCUCCUGCUGGUGUUCCCCGUCUUCAUGGCCUACAAAAUCUCCCAGUUCUUCCACAUGGAUUUCUGGCUUCUGAUUCUGGUAUCCAGCUGUAUGUUGACCUCACUUCAGAUCACCGGGACGUUGCUCAUCUACUUCCUGUUCAUGGUGGAGCUGCUGUGCAGUGAACCCAUCGAGUCCCUGGACGAAGUCGUCUAUUGGGUGAACGCCGUCAGCAGGGUGCUGGAAUUUGUCGUGGCUCUCUGUGUAGUGGCGUACGGGACGUGGGAGUCACUGUUUGGUGAGUGGAGCUGGAUGGGCGCCUCCGUCAUCAUCAUCCACUCGUACUUCAACGUCUGGCUGAGAGCACAAUCGGGCUGGAGGAGCUUCCUGCUCCGACAGGAAGCAGCCAAGAAGAUCAACUCUCUUCCAAAAGCGACGACUCAGCAGCUGCUGGAGCACAAUGAUGUUUGUGCUAUCUGCUUUCAGGACAUGAGUUCCUCCGUCAUCACUUACUGCGGUCACUUCUUUCAUGGCAACUGCCUCCGGAAGUGGCUGUAUGUGCAGGAGACCUGUCCCAUGUGCCACCAAACUGUCCGUCCAACGGCACACUGUCAGGAAGCAUCAGUGCCGCCACAGAAUGGCAUCAACCCUGAAGAGCUGGACGUUGUUUUUGAAGACCAUGCUUGUGCUUCUCCUGACCAGAGUGAUGAGGAACUCGCUGGUGAAGGAGUCUGUGAUGUUACAGACGCUGCUGAGGGCCUUUGCUUCAGCUGCGAGGGAGACUUUGUGGGAUUUGCUAGCCCACCUGGAGACAUAACUUGUUCUCCAUCUCAUUGUGACCUUAUGGAACCAAUCUCUGACAACAAUGGAGAUGGAGGGUUGAUGUUAUCCUCUGUUCUGGCAGACACACCGGAGCCACAGCCAGUCUCCUCUUCAGUGCACCACAGUGGUGUGGAUAACCGGACAGACAUAUCUUUAAAAGGCUGUGAUGUCACUGAACCAGGUGCUGAGGGCGUUCGUGCGACUGAAGAUUGGGACUCCUAAAAGCUCUCAGUGAGGGAUUGAAGAAGCCAAAGACACUCAUGAAUAUCACUCAAGCUGCACCAGGACAGUGAAACAGUGACACUAGUCAGGGAGACGUCCAGCAUCAGUGCCUUUUGAUGACUGCUCUGAAACAUGCAGAGAAUAAAGGAACGUGCCAUGAUUAGGAGGAAAUGUCUGUCAUCUAACCUGUACAUAAGAUUGUACAUUUGUCUAAUGGACAUAAAUUAUAUGAACAUCAAAGACCACGUGAGUAUUGUAUGUUUGUCCUCCUGAGACCUUGUUCCUGACAGUUGUCCGACCUCAUUGGUUCAGAAACAACCGUGUUCAUAAUGUGAAGUGGAUGCUCGUAGUUUCACUUGUGCCCCAAAAUUGAGUAAAAUAAGAACAGCAGAUGAAGGAUUGCAGUAUGAAUGGAGAGGUCUGUGCUGAAGGAUCAGUUACUGGAUGCAUGAACCAACUUGUUCAUGUCCCCGUGUGUCGACCAGGUAAUCCAACUGUUGGAAUUGUUGGACAUCUGAGAUAAUUUGUGAGCACGUUUUUUGGGAGUGGGAAUGGCUCCUCCAUGUUGUGGGGCAGCGGGAUGGGGACCACAAAGUCACUGACCAGCGAAGAAGAAUCUUGGUGGGGAACCUUCAGAUCCAGUUGUCGAGUCCAGACCCAAGUCAGUUGUGUGAAGAGCUUUAUAAGACUUUAGAAGAUACUAUGAAUUUGUUUGAGUUCAAAACAGUCUCUCCUGUCCAAUAACGCACCAGCUUUUA